GAAUAAGCAAGCCAAGCACGUCAGAACGCUGCGUGGACGUCCCCCGCGAGUAGUUUUGUAGUAGUGACUGGUUAGCUAUCCAGCAACUGUGAUUAACGACGUUCGCACCAAUACGGCCGAAAUGAGAACGAUGUGACUCAUUUAUUUCAUAGUUAUUAAGACCGUAUGGAUACGGUUAUAAUUUCUUGUAAGGAUUCUGCUGAACAGUGAAGACGGCGCUGCUUUGCCCAGCAAGUGCUCCUAACAAGGGGAUUGGAGACCUUUCAUUUCCGUUUUUUCGCAGCAGCAGGCAUGUUGGGCUCAAGGAGACAAUUCUGUUUACACUUCCCUGCUUGGAGAUGGGCAUCUAUCGGGCGACUGUCAUGGGUGGCCUCUGGAGUGGGGUGGAUGGGACCCUGAGUUGUGCGGUCAUCAGAUCGUGGCCUGCAGGGGGUUGUGGGAGACACACGUCCGUCACCACACUGGACUGGAGGGAGGAGCUGAAUGCCUGAGCGAUGUGAAUCUACGAGUUACUGCAAAGCUACCGCCUCCUCUCACAGCGAUCAUAGGAAACCACCACCCAACCUGCUGCUGUCAGCCUGGAGGGCUGCAGCCAUGCACCUCAAGCCAUACCCCAAACUGCAGAAGAAAGAGUUCCACCUGGAGUCCAGUCAGGACAGCCAGAGAGGUCUUCACCAUAUGAGCCAGCAGGGGGCCCUGUCUCUGAGGACAGAUUGGGGGGUCCGUCCAGCCCUAGUGGGCUCGUCUAGCAGCGGGCUCGGCCCGGGCACGGCCCGCUCCCCCCUUAGUGUCAUAUCCACCAACACCCUGUGCUGCAGUGACAACAGUAAUAGUACCCAUGGCAACAGUGGUAGUGGGCUGCAGACCUCAAGGCUGAGUGGGUCUGGGGGAAAUGUAUUCCACAGUAGUACAACCUGGGCCCGGAGGAAAACCUCCGAAACCUCCUACACCACCACCUCGUCCCUGCUGCUUCUCCUCCCCACCUCCUCUACAGGCUCGGGGGGAUCUGAGAACCAGGAGGCCUCCCUCAGCGUCUCCUACCAGGGGGAGGACGGAGAGGGACCGCUGGACAUCUGGGCCGUCAUCAAGCCCGGCAACACCAAGGAGAAAAUCGCCAUCUUCGCCUCGCCCCAGUGCCGCGGCGGCCUCGUGAAUGGUGGCGGUGGAGGAGAGCCGGUCAGGGAGGCGUGUGAGGGAGACUCGGUGAGCAGCAUCUCAGUGAGGACGGUGUCUGUGAAGAUGAAAAGCUGUUGGGAGGAAGAGGGUGGCUCUGUGGCCAAGCGCAGGAGGAGGUCAGGGCAUCGGGGCCACCACCAGGACAGAGACCGACAGUCACCCAGAGCCCUAGAGAGACAGAGCCCACUGAGUCCCACCAAGAACAGCCCCGAAGAGGUGACCCUUGGCGAGAGCCCUAGAGUGCCUGAGUGUGGGGUUGUAGGGGUGGGUGGGGAGCAGGUAUGUAGGGUAGAGGGUGAGGAGGGGAGUGGGACGGGUAAGGCUCUCUCUGUGGGGGAGUUGGUGGCCGCCUUGGAGCAGAGAGCCAGCGACAAGCAAGGGGACUCUAAGCCUGUCUCUCUGCGGAGCUCCACUAGCAUUACCUUAUCCAGGGGGCUGUCACUGACCCAAGAGCCCCAGCAGCCCAAAGCCCCAGACCAGAGCCCCCAGGGGACAGAUGAGGAUGCAGAGUGUGUAAAGGUGUCGGACAUGGUGGCCAAGCUGGAGUCAGAGUGCCUGAAGCGCCGGAGUGUUCCAAGGGAAGGGUCCGGAUCUGGAGGAGAGCUGUCGCGCAACAACAGCCUGCGGAGGAGGGUGGGCCGGGUGUUACUGGCAGGAGCAGACGCCUGCUCCAUCUCAGCCCAGCCACCUCCGUCUCCCACCGGGCCCCAGCACGGACUAGAGGAGACCACGGGGGUGCAGCACCUCCACGCUAGUCCCUCUGAGGGCCGUCCCUCUGUUCGCACCAUCCACAUGGACAAACUAGUUCCCAGCAGCUGCCAUGAAGCUUCCUACUGGGCUUCCCGUUCCUCUGACCCAGCUUCUCCGUCUCACAGUGUGGAAUCUGGGUGUGGAGCCUCUGGGUGUGGAGCCUCCGUCCAUGCUGUCAGAGAGCCAGAGGAGAUGUGUGAGGCCCAGGGACAGCAGGAGGGGAGCAGGGUCAUUGAGGCUGGGCAGGAUCUGUACUUCCAGCUCCAGUCAGAGCGGGCCAGCAGCAGUCUACAGAGUGAGGAGCCCCUCCCAGGCAUGCUGUUCUUCUCACACCCUCUGCCCUCACAGCCGGCGCUAGAACAACACACACUCCCACACCCAGACAGUACUUGCACCCAGGACACUGAGUCCAGCCCUAAACUCACCAGAGACUUAGCGGAAACCUCCAAGACUCAGCCCUGCGACCCUGCUAUCACCUCCCUCCUCCCUGAAACCAUAUCGCACAGUGAGAACUGGGCCAAAGAGGAGGACGAGAGGGAGGAGAAGGCGGUGAGUGAGGGAGAGGGGAGUGCUUUUAGCCAGUGCGAGACCGUGCCUUUCCCCCUGCGCCGCCUGGUGUCUCACGAGUUCCUGGAGAUGCGCUUUAAGAUCCAGCUGCUCCUGGAACCCCAGCAGUACAUGGCCUUCCUGCCCCACCACAUCAUCGUUAAGAUCUUCUGCCUGCUGCCCACAGAGAACCUGGCAGCGCUUAAGUGCACCUGCCACUACUUCAAGUUCCUCAUUGAGAGCUACGGCGUUCGACCCGCGGACUCCCGCUGGGUGUGCGACCCCCGCUACAAAGACGAUCCCUGCAAGCAGUGUAAAAAACGGUAUGGGCGCGGGGAUGUGUCCCUCUGCCGCUGGCACCACAAGCCCUACUGCCAGGCGCUGCCCUACGGCCCCGGAUACUGGAUGUGUUGCCACGGUUCCCACAAAGACACGCCCGGCUGCAACGUCGGUCUCCAUGACAACCGCUGGGUGCCCGCCUUCCAUAGUAUCAACAUGCCAAUCUAUAAGAAACCCAGGGCGGUCACUGAGGAGUAGUGGAAUAGACAAUGGGAGAAAAAGUAACUUGACUUCUGUGUGCUUUACUUUGCCAAUGAGGGCUUUGUGUGCGUGUCUGUGUUGCCAUAUGUGCAUUUAUUUGUGGGGAGUGUCUGACCGCAACCAGGUUGCUGGUACUGAUGAGGAAUCACUGGAUCUCUUCCUUUACCCCUGACCCCUAACCACUGACCUCUAACCCCUCCUCAGGUCCUCUGAGAUGGUCAGCACUUUAACCCUGGUCAUAAUUCUCAGUCUUCAAAGGAUUCUGACAGGGUAUUCUAUUUACUUGCUUCAACGUGUUGGGUUAAAACAUCUGAUUCUGACCAGAGUGUGUUGAAGAGAGAAGCCUUGUUUCAGAUUUCUCCCCAGUGUUGAUGCUUAAUGUGUCUCCUUGCCCACAGCCAUAAUGUCUCCUUGCUUAUGCAUUAACCAAUACGUUGGAUAGCUAUUUUAGUCAAGGUAAGCCUAUCAACGUUAUGUAGUAUACCCCACCCAGAAGUGUGAUUUACUCAGUGUUAAUGUGUUGUUGUCUAAGUGGAUACAUACAUUGCUGCAGGUCCCCCAGGUUUAUGCAAAAUGUGAAUCAACCCCAUCCUAUAUCCCAACUCAACUGUAUCAGUCUCCGGGUCAGAGAGGGAAAGGGUUUUGUCUGUCCUGUAUCUGGUUUGAUUGGAAAAAGUGUGUUCUGAGCCCAGUUGUGUUUACAUUGUAGAUAGUGCUACUGAGUCCUAUAUCAAAAACAAAGUGAAGAAGAUUGACAAGCAGCACGAGUAUCUAUGACUUGAAUGCAUUUAUCUUCAGUUUGGUAAAAAUGAAAAAAAGUUUAUUUUGACCCCGUCAUGUAUAUAUUUAUGAAUUAUUAUUAUUAUUGGGUGUUUUACGAUGGGUCCCAGAUGUAUAACCCAUAUACUUAUUGGCCGUCCUCAGUGCAUUAUUCUCCACCAUUUUUAAUGUGCGUCUGAAAUGGCACAGUAUUCCCUAUAUAGUGCACUACUUUUGACCAGAGCAAUAAGGCUGGUCAAAAGCAGUGCACUAUAAAUGGAAUAGAGUGCCAUUUUGGACAAGUGCUCAUCCCUCCUUUUUAUGAUGCUGAUAUUUCUUGAAGGGAAACAUUUCUGGAGAAGUUCACCUGUGUGUCUCUUCUUUACAAUGAUUAACUGGACAUGAUCUAAAAACAGGAGAACAAUCAGGGUUGAUUACAAAGGGGGAGAAAAAUGGUCUCAAAAAGUAAUUUGCCCCCAGAUAUUUUAAAAAACAGUUUGUUGUAUAAUAUUCCAGCUGUACUCUGUCUGCAAAGGCAUUUUACUUCAAUAAAGUGCAUUCAUUCUGAGGUUAACUGUCAUAACCCACCUUUCCUUCUCGUGGUGUCUUUAAACUGAAAGAAAGUGUAAAGGUUACAACAUAAAAUGGAAUAUAUUGUUCUUUACUGAAGAUUCAGGGAUAUAGACUAAAUGUAUAUUAAGGGUCUCCAGCCUUAAAUGUCACCCAUUUCUAUUAUUUAUCACAUCUUGUUGUCAUUGACAUACGUCAGUCAAUGUUGUUCACAACUUAAGGUCUAUACUGUAGAACUGGUAGGCUUGCCUUUCAUUGGGGUGAGGGGUAUUGUUUGGGUCCAGGUGUGUUGGGGAAAGAGCACAAAGACACGCACAACAGAUUUAUAAAAGCAAAAUAAAUAUGUAUUCCUUGCUGUGUGAGAAAUGACUUCCUAGAAGUUGAUAUUAAUCAUCUCAAACAUUUGAGGGAAAUUUCCCCUUUUGUCAACUUUAAUACCAAAAUGGCAGUCCUCCGACAAAGGGUCUGGAUUGUCCACUUGAAAAGGCAAAGUGAGAUGAGUAUUCAAUGUAUCAAUGGGUCCUAAUAUGAACACUAGCAUGGAAUUGUCUGUCAUGUCAGUGCCUCCUGAAAUGGUGUGUUCACAUAUGCAUGCUCUUUCGUUUCUUUCUUCAUUUGGGUGACCUUUCUGAAUUCACAACAGACAGUAGGGGAUGAAUAAGACUUGGCAAUAAAAUGCAUGAAAAGAU